UUCCUCUUCCACACCUGCACGAAGGACUGGAAAAGCUGAAUCAGCCACCAAUCCAGUCUGAUCUCCAAGAUAUCGGAUCAUUAAAGAAAAUCAAGUUUAGAAUAGAAAAUGUGACGAUAAGCAUGAGGGUAGCAUUGGGUUCUUUGCAGCGUGGAUUAAGAUUAGAUCUUUAUGCACUGGCAGGGUUAAAUGAGCUGUUUUGACAAGAUGUACUUUGAAGGUUCCAGUAAUGUCACGCUGUUGUUUAAUUUCUGGGAUGUGCGUGGACCUGCAGGAAUGGUGCUGUCAGUGUUUGUAGUUCUGCUACUCACAGUGAUGUACGAGCUUCUGAAAGUGUGGAAAAUCACCAUCGGGAAACAGAAGCAAUCCCCCAACACAAGUCCCUCCACUGCAAUGUCAUUCUCUCAAAAUAAGCAGUCCUGCUUUGCCACUGUCAUCAGGUGUCAGGAGGGAAGCGGUUCUCUGGCCAACAGCCCUUCUGAGGUCUCAUUAACUCCCACUGAGAACACAGGCAACACUGCUGACUCCAGUACAGCUGCUAAGAGGAGGAGGUGGAUCCUGCACUGUCUCCAGACCGCAAUCCACAUCGUCCAGGUCACCCUGGGCUACAUGCUGAUGCUCUGCGUCAUGUCCUACAACAUCUGGAUCUUCCUGGGUGUAGUCACGGGAUCCGUCUUGGGAUACUUUGUGGCUUUUCCUCUCCUGAAUCACACUUGAGAAGAAAAGAAUUAAAACAGCCAGAAAAUGUUGAUCUCCAAACACUGAGGGCUCAAGAGCAACAAGAAAGGUUUUAGAUUUUUGCCAUGCCAGGUUUGUGAGCCCACGAUAUUGAGACAUGACAUCUAAACGUUGUGUUUUUAAAGAUGAUGCACUUAUUACUUGAACCAGUUGUAAAAUUGGUUUAAAAGACUCAUUGCGAAACCUCAUUGCGAACACAUUAUCUUACAUUAAGAUUGGUGUUGAAUGUGAUUUUAAAUUUGAACAUCACAUUGAACACGUGAAAACUGUUUUAGACUUUCUACUGAUAUAAAUAAUAAGCUAAUUUUUCAGACACUCAAAUGAAUGUUUAGCUGCUGGUUGUUAUUUUGGGAAAUCGCAUAACAUCACGUUUGAUAUUAGCGUUGCAGUAAACUUCCUACAUGACUCAAAAGCAGGCGUACUUUAGUCAUGUUGGAAAUGACUGCCGAAUGGGGAACAAAAGCAUUGGUUUAGAAGAGAGAUGCAAAUCAUGUGGCCUUAGUUAAUGUUCAGCAGGAGCACAGAGACACUGAAACUGAUUGACUGAGAAGAAACUGGAGACCUGCAAUCCUCACCGCAAACAUUUAAAUGUGCUGGUCAUAAACACACACACACACACACACACACACACACACACACACACACACACACACACACACACAGACACACAGAGGUGUUUUUUCGUUGGUUUGGUCAUUACUGCAAGUGGUCAUCAUUUUAAAAUGGAUUUAUCAGAUUAAAUGAUCUUGUCCAGAC